AUGAGUGAUCCAAAGGACCAAUAUGAGGAUAUUAACAGCAAUGAUUCCGUUGAAGAGGAGGAGAAGGACCAUAUUGACCUGACCAAGCCUAAAGACCAUGAUUUUGAACUUUACACCAGGCUUGGAGUGGAGAAGAAUGCAACCAGUAGUCAAAUUAAGAAGGCAUACAGACUAGCUUCCCUCAGAGUACAUCCUGAUAAGAACCCUGAUGAUCCAGAAGCUGAUGCUAAGUUCCAAAAAGUUAAUGAAGCUUAUGUCAUACUCUCAGAUGAAAAUAAAAGGAAGAGAUAUGACCUCACCGGUGAAAUCGAUGAUGAUGGGCUUGAUGAUUUAGUCAAUAAAUGCAGAUUCUUCUAUAAGGAAUUCUGAGAAGAAGACAUUGAUACUUUUGCAACAUCCUACAGGGAUAGUAAGGAUGAAGAGGAAGACCUUGUGAAUUACUAUAAUCAGCAUAACGGAGAUCUUACUAAGCUUCUCAGCUGGAUCCCACUCUCUCAAAACCAUGAUGUUGUCAGGUUCAUCGAGAUUUUUGAUAGACUUAUUGAAGAGAAAGUCAUCAAAGCUACUGAAGAAUAUCAUGAAACUAGAGAAAAUAUAGAGCUAUUGAAGGAAGAGGUGAAAGAAGCUGAAGAACAAAAAAGUGAAAAGAAAAGAGACAAAAAGAGUAGAAAGAAAAAGAAAACUGCUGAGCCUAGUCUUGACGAUCUCAGGAGCCAAAUACUUGCAAGGAAACAGAAAAGCUCUAAUGAUUUUCUAAGCAACUUAGCAAGCAAAUAUUGUGAUCCAGAUGACCCUAUGGGAGAUAUGCCUUCUGAGGAAGAAUUCCAAAGAGUCCAGAAGAAAAUCAAGAAAACCACUAAGCCAAAGACCUCUACUAAAGCUAAGGGAAAGCCAAAGACUAAGAAAAUCAAGGCAUCCCGCAAAUAA